AUGUCUUCCUCGUCUAUCCUUCGUCAACUUGCAGCAUCGACAUCUCGUAGAGCUGUGUCCUCUAGCUCACGAGCAUUCUCCUCUUCUGUGCGCAGGCAGGAGCACUACCUCAACGCGAACCAAGAGGUGUUCGAUAAAAUCACCUCUGCAUCGCAUACCAAAGACCGUGUCGUCCUUGUUGACUUCUACGCAGACUGGUGCUCACCGUGCAAAAUGCUUUCCCCUGUCCUCGAGAAACUCACGUCGGAUGCUUCGACAAAAUCGGGUACUGGACUUCCAUUGGAUCUGGUCACGGUGAACACGGACGAAGAGGCCUCAUUGGCUGGGAUGUAUCAGAUCCGCUCCCUACCCACCGUAGUCGCCUUCAAAGACGGAAAACCAAUCAACCAAUUCAUCGGAGCGAUGAACGAGGCCGGCGUACGCCAGUUCCUCGAGAUGCUCUAG